AUGGCGUAUAAUUAUGUUAAUCGACUAGAACUAGACGAGUUGAAGAGAUGGCGAAUGGAUAGAAGCAUUAGUCACCUGCACCUAAGUUGCCUUCGAGGCUUUUACGACGUGGUCGAAAAAUUCCUCGACAUCUACCACAUAGAUCCGAAUGCAUGUCCCAUACCGAGAACAGGUAACUCGCCGCUACACUUGGCCCUGGCCCGUGGUCAUCAUCGAGUAGCCGAACUGCUGGUGAGGAGAGGCGCCAAUCCUAAUACGGCCAACGAAGAGAGAUCGACUCCUCUACACAUGAUUUGUAGGAGUCUGGCCAACUAUGGCAUCGACUGGGCCGAGUGGCUUAUGAAUCUUCGCGACGAAUUGCAUCGGCCCCUGCACGUCAAUAGUCAAGAUCGUCAAGGCAAUGCACCCCUGCACUCGGUUCAGAGGGCGCACAUGAACCCGCUGCGUUGUCUGAAAACGAGCCGGGCGUUGCUAGAACGAGGUGCCGAUGUCAAUUUAAUCAAUGCAGAUGGACAGGCACCUCUGCUAUUAGCUGUAUGUAGUCUCAUGCCCGACGUUGUAAAAUUGCCUCUUGGACAACGGCGCCGAUUUAUCAAUAUUCCUCUUUCCCGAGAGGGGAGAGCUUCGAUGCCAUUUGGGGUCGAAAUCGGUGCGUGA